AUGUUCAACCCGAAGGCAGCGGUGACACAGGUACAUACUGACGCUAGUGCCGUGGCACUAUCGGGAAUAUUGCUGCAAGGACCGACCACCACCGAUUUGCAUAUGGUCUACGCGGUCAGCAAAAAGACGACCGACGCCGAAGCGAAGUACCACAGCAGCCGGCUGGAGUUAUUCGCCGUCAUAUGGUCGCUUAGUCGUCUGCGCCCGUACUUGUUGGGAAUACAUUUUACUGUGGUGACAGAUUGUCAAUCGUUAAUAUAUUUAAAUAUCCAUAAGACUGUUAAGCCACAAAUAGCACGAUGGUUUGAAAUCUUACAGGAAUUCGAUUUCGAAGUUAAGUUCAGACCUGGCAGCCGUAUGGCACACGUAGAUGCCCUGAGCCGCGCCGCCCCGCCGACUUUCGACGCGGAAGAAAUAUCGGUCGAACACGAGCUUACCAAACGGCUCGACGUCUUUGUUGCUAUGACUGUUGUGGACAAAGUGCGGUUUAUGCAACAAGGUGACGCCGCGAGCGCAAAUCUGAUCAAUUUGAUGAAAACAACAAGAAAACUCACCAAGCACGAGAAGUCCCUGACUGAGCCGUACGAACUACACGAUGGUGUCCUGUACCGAAGACAUGCCGGAAAAUCGUUAUUAGUCGUGCCUCGGUCGAUGAGGAAAGGGAUCGUUGUUGGUCACUCGAUUACGGGGGUCAUUUUUCGUUGGACCGAACUGUCGCAAAGAUCACAGAGGACUAUUGGUUUACUGGACUACGCCGAUAUGUCAAACAGCACAUCCAAAUGUGCCUGGAUUGCCUAA